AUGCAGGCUUCUGUUCUACGCGAGGAUAAUUUGAGUUGGGGUCUUGGAUUUGGAGUCCCUUGUAUUUGCAUGAUACUAUCCUUGCUUCUUUUCUUACUUGGAAUCCCAACAUAUCGCUAUAAAAUCAAAAGACAUGAGAAGAAACCAUUUGUAAGGAUUGGUCACGCGUUUGUUGCAGCAAUUAGGAACUGGUGUGCUACUACUCCAGUUGUAGCUAUUGAGGAGGAAGUUUCCGAAACUGAUUGUCUCCAUUCUCCAAGAUGUUUGAGUCUUUUUAUUGCUGAUGACAUUGAAGAAGCAAAAGCAGCGGUAAGGCUGAUCCCAAUAUGGACAUCAAGCUUGGUAUUCGCCAUUGCGAUUGCGCAAUGCCCAACCUUUUUUACCGUGCAAGGAAAGACAAUGGACAGAACACUUGUGCCAGGCUUUAAAAUACCAGCAGCCUCACUUCAAGCCUUGACCAGCAUCACAAUUCUCGUCUUCAUCCCCAUCUAUGAUCGCAUCUUUGUUCCUAUAGCAAGAACCUUCACCGGGGAACCUACUGGCAUCACGAUGCUGCAAAGGAUUGGAACUGGAAUAUUCCUAUCUGCGAUUUGCAUGUUAGUUGCUGCUGUCAUCGAGACAGAAAGGCUUGAAAUUGCUAAAAUUAAUGGGCUGGUUGAUGAACCAAAUGCGACAGUUCCAAAGAGCAUGUGGUGGCUAGUCCCUCAAUAUAUGUUGCUUGGAGCUGCGGAUGUAUUCACUAGAGUUGGCCUGCAGGAAUUUUUCUAUGAUCAGAUAUCAAACGAACUGAAGAGCGUAGGUGUGGCCCUGUAUCUAAGUGUGUUUGGGGUAGGAAAUUUCCUGAGUAGCAUACUUGUCUCCAUUGUUGAGAAAGCAAUAGAAGGUGGGUCGUUGUCUGAUAAUCUAAAUCAGGGCCAUCUUAAUUACUUCUACUGUUUACUGGUCGGAGUCGUUGUAGUUGGACUGGGGCCAUUCCCAAUUAUUGCCAAAUCUUGCUUUUAUGGCAGCAGCAGAAACUCAACUUAA